AGCCACCAGAUAAAAAGCUGGCCAUCGAUCUCUCACCGAAGCCGCCCUUCUCUUCCACACCUUUCAUCACCCCAAAUUCUUUUUCCCCCCUCAAAAAUGGUCUACAAGGUCGCCGACAUUUCUCUUGCUGCCUUCGGUCGCAAGGAGAUCGAGAUUGCGGAGCAUGAAAUGCCAGGACUCAUGUUCAUGAGGUCCAAAGUAGCUUUCGCUGACUUGUUCGGCAGGACCAUUCAGACCGCUGUCCUGAUCGAAACCUUGACUGCCCUUGGAGCCGAAGUUACUUGGUCAUCUUGUAACAUCUUCUCCACGCAAGAUCACGCUGCUGCUGCUAUUGCAGCAACUGGCGUUCCCGUGUUCGCCUGGAAGGGCGAGACAGAGGAGGAACAAACCGUUGCUGGCUUCGCCGGUGGAAAACCACUGAACAUGAUCUUGGACGAUGGAGGUGACUUGACCACACUUGUUCACGAAAAAUAUCCGCAGUACUUGGCAGGCAUCAGAGGUCUUUCUGAGGAGACCACCACGGGUGUCCACCACCUCUACAAAGCCUUCCGGGAGGGCAAACUCAAGGUUCCCGCUAUCAACGUUAAUGACUCGGUUACCAAGUCCAAGUUCGACAACUACUACGGAUGCCGGGAGUCUCUUGUUGACGGUAUCAAGCGUGCCACGGACGUUAUGCUGGCUGGUAAAGUCGCUGUAGUCGCCGGCUAUGGUGAUGUUGGCAAGGGGUGUGCCGAGUCUCUCCGUUCGUAUGGUGCACGAGUCAUCAUCACGGAGAUCGACCCCAUUAAUGCGCUUCAGGCUGCGAUGGCUGGUUACGAGGUCACUACCAUGGAGGACGCGGCCUCUCGCGCCAACGUCUUCGUUACUACCACGGGCAACCGCGACAUCAUCACGGCGAAGCACUUCACCCUCAUGCCCGAGGAUGCCAUCGUCAGCAACAUUGGACACUUCGAUGUUGAAAUUGAUGUUGCUUGGCUGAAGGCCAACGCAACCCAGGUAGUGAACAUCAAACCACAGGUCGAUCGCUUUACUAUGCCUUCUGGCCGUCACAUCAUCCUCCUUGCUGAGGGUCGGCUUGUUAACUUGGGUUGUGCUACUGGCCACCCGUCCUUCGUCAUGUCCUGCUCCUUCACCAAUCAGGUGUUGGCACAGAUUGCUCUGUACACAACGCCCGAGAAAUUCCCUCUCGGUGUUCAUAUGUUACCUAAGGAGCUCGACGAGGAGGUCGCGCGUGCCCAUCUCGCUCAGCUCAACGUCAAGUUGACCGAGCUUACUCCCGAGCAGUCCAAGUAUCUUGAUAUCCCCGCCCAGGGACCAUACAAGCCCCUCCACUACAGGCAAGUACUUCUGCCUAGUCCUCUGAUACCAACCACUUAAACAUUCUUCAGGUACUAAGCGCAUUAUUGCACGAUGGCCUCAACGUGCCCUCGCCAAGCGUAAGAGGAACGGGACCUUCAACGCCCUUCUGAAUAGAAGUAUAUAUUGAUGAGUCUCAACGCUCUCAUGGGGGGGAUGCAUGCCGGCGCGCUGGUGCGCCGUGACUGUCGUGACUGGGCCCUUCGGUGGGUUUGUCCGUCGCACGGUAUUCCCAUAUUCGGUUAGGUAGCCUACCACAGUGUAUCUUGGGCCUCAACGUGCCCUGCUUAUCUUGAGAUUAAGGGUGUUUGUCUGAAAGAUAAUGCGAGUUCCUUGAAUAUCAACUUUCGUG